AUAUCCGCAGUUUUGCAUUAAGUAAAUUCAUAGAUCUAAGCAUCUUUUCUUUCAUCUCAUCUCAUCUUCUUGAGCUAGCAAUUUGCUAGCUUAUAUCAGAAAAUAUUAAAUAUCGCACCCUUGUCGAGUUCGUUUAGUUCUCGGCUGAUUUUAUCCGAAAAUGACGAAUAUUGUAAAUGAACAAAAUUCAGGGCCAAUUGGUCGUGCAUGGUCCUGGCUCAAGGCCUUACCAGUAAAUCUAUGGUUAAGCAUAGCUGAUACAGGUUGCAAAGCGAAGAAACUCGGAGAAGAUGAUCCCAGAAGAAUCAUCCAUGCCUGUAAAGUGGGAUUGGCCAUUACAUUAGUUUCUCUGUUUUUCUAUUUCAACACUCUGUAUGAUGGUUUCGGUGUUGCUGCAAUGUGGGCUGUUUUGACUGUUGUUGUAGUUUUCGAAUUCUCAGUAGGAGCGACGCUUGGAAAAGGUGUGAAUAGAGCAAUUGCUACACUUUUGGCUGGAUCACUUGGUGUUGGCGCUCAUCAUCUAGCUGUUUUAUCUGGGGAAAAAGUUGAGCCCUUCGCGAUUGGAACCACGGUCUUCUUGAUAGCUGCUCUGAUGACAUUCAUAAGAUUCUUUCCGAAAAUGAAAGCCAGAUAUGACUACGGCCUUGUCAUAUUUAUCUUAACGUUCUGUUUGAUAUCUGUAUCGGGCUAUCGUGAUGAUGAGGUCAUAGCUAUGGCCCAUAAAAGACUCUCUGCCGUCUUCACUGGUGGCGCUACAGCUAUUCUUGUAUGCAUUUUAAUUUUUCCGGCCUGGGCUGGUGAUGAUCUUCACAAACAACUUGCCACUAACAUGGAAAAACUGGCAACUUUUCUUGAAGGAUUCGGUGAUGAGUACUUUAACAUAUCAGAGAGUGAAAUUACAGAAGAUAAAAAAGCAUCACUGCAAGCCUAUAAGAGCGUUCUGAAUUCAAAAGGCACUGAAGAAACCUUGGCAAAUUUUGCAAAAUGGGAACCCCGGCACGGCCGUUUUAGGUAUCGACAUCCCUGGGACCAGUACCUGAAAGUUGGAGCUCUCGUUCGUCAAUGUGCAUACUCAAUUGAAGCACUAAACGGAUACCUGAACUUAGAAAACCAGAUACCCUAUGAAAUCAGGGAGAAAGUGCAACAACAUUGCACCAAGAUGAGCACAGAGUCUAGUUUUGCUUUGACACAAUUAGCAUUGUCGAUUCGGACCAUGACAAGAUCACCAGUGGCGGAUUCUCACAUUCUGAAAGCCAAAAUUGCUGCGACGAGCAUGAAAUCGUCGCUAAAAACAGAGCUAUGGCCCGAUACAGACUUAUUUCAAAUAGUCCCGGCUGUUACAGUAGCUUCGCUACUAGCCGAUGUUGUUGCUUGCAAUGCGAAUCUGGGAGAGGCUGUUAAUGAGCUAGCGACUUUAGCACAUUUUAAGGUUACGACUGGAUCGAAUAAUCGCAAACCGAAAGUGAUUCAUCGGGGAACAUCGAAUUUAUCUGCUCAUCAUGCUAUCGCAAUCGAUGCAUAAUUUUUGUUAGAACAGCCGCAAUGAGCGCAUAGGCAUGUGUCUAGAUUAGAGUACUGAACUCUGCAAGUUGAUGUACCACGAGGAGUUGUAUAUAGUUUCGUAUAAAAACUCGUGUGCAGUUAGUUAAAAA